UGCAAGCCGCACUCGAGCUGAGUCGGUUUUCGUCUGCCUGGCAGCGCGGUUCUGAAACGCGUUCAAUUCGUUGGAAAAUAAGCUCGGCUCGCUGGUUCGGUGGUUUCGGUGGCCAGCUCAAUUGUGUAACAUCGGGGCUCUGCGUGAAAAUCGUGAAAAUUUCGAAAGUGCGCAACCGAUUGCAGCGAACACACGAAUUUGGAUACACACACUUGCUGCAUACAGGAAGUUUUGAUUCACUUGGUCAGAUCGAAACUUAAAGAUCAAGUAUAAUUAGUAGUUUCGUUUGAAGUCGUUGGAUUGGAUUUCUGAAAUUCCUACAACUGACCUGGCAAACUCCUAGUCUGGCUAACAUGGACGAGGCAAAAUUAAUGAACCUGAGGAAUGGAUUUACGAAAUCAUUGGACGAUCAUUGUCAGCUUAUUACUGGCACAAAGGAUGAGUCGCCCAUGCAAAUGUUUUACAAGGAUAAGGGCGUCUUUCUCACUGGCGGCACCGGCUUCUUUGGCAAAAUUAUUAUUGAGAAACUGUUGCGCGUUACGGAGGUGGCCCAAAUAUAUUUGCUGAUACGCACCAAAAAGGGCAAGGAUGCCCAUGCACGCAUUGAGGAUUUGUUCAACGAUCCGGUCUUUGCCAAAAUGAAACAGAUCAAUCCAAAGUAUCGCUGUCAGAUCACAAUCAUCAGCGGUGAUUGCUCGCUGCCUGGCCUGGGCAUCUCCUCGAACGAGCGUGAGACCAUUAAGGAGAAUGUCAACAUCGUGCUACACAGUGCGGCCACAGUGCGCUUCGAUGAGAAGCUCAAAAUGGCAAUUGCAAUCAAUGUGCACGGCACAAAGGAGAUAAUCAAGCUGGCCAAAGAGAUUGUUAACUUGAAGGCUCUCGUGCAUGUCUCGACCGCAUUUGCUCACUGCAAUUUGCGCUACAUCCAGGAGAAGUUCUACAGCGGCACAAUGACUGGCGACAAUGCCUUCAAGCUGACUGAGUGCCUGGACGAGCAUACGUUGAAUACGCUGACGCCGACGAUUAUAAAGGGAUAUCCGAAUACAUAUACCUACACCAAAGUGCUAGCAGAGAAUGUGGUGCAGCAAGAUGCACAGAAGUUGCCCGUAACCAUAUUUCGACCGGGCAUUGUGAUUACCAGCUAUCGGGAGCCAGUGACUGGCUGGAUUGACAAUAUGUAUGGACCCUGCGGCGUCAUCGUGGGCAUUGGCUCGGGCGUGUUGCGCGUUUUUACUGGAAACAUGGACAACAAAGCUCACAUCGUGCCAGUGGACUUGUGUGUGAAUGCUUUGCUGGCCAGUGCCUGGGAUGUGGCACGAAAUACAUACGAAACACCGCCGAUAUAUAACUAUGUGCCAGACGCGGAUAACAUGGUCACCUGGCGGAACUAUAUGCAAACGGGUUUCAAGCACGUCAACGAUAUACCCAUGCGAAAGUCCAUCUGGUAUCCGUGCUUCACCAUCGUGCCCCACAUGUGGCAGUAUCAUAUACUCUGCUUUUUAUAUCACACAUUGCCCGCCAUGUUCAUGGAUUUAAUUAUGGUUUUGAUGGGCAAGAAACCAAGAAUGAUGAAAAUCUAUCGCAAGAUACACAAAUUCAGCAAUGUGCUCAAGUUCUUCAGCUCAAAUGAGUUCCGUUUCGAUAAUGACAAUGUGCGGCGACUGGUGGAUAAACUAGAUGAGCGAGACAAGCGAAUAUUCGCCUUCGAUAUGCGAGACUUGGACUGGACAAAUCUAUUCCGGGUGAGCUUAUAUGGGCUGCGCUUGUAUGUUGUGAAGGAUGAUCCCAACAACCUACCUGAAUCCAUUAGGCGCAUUAAGCGCAUGAUGAUUCUGCACUAUAGCACACUGGCCAUCGUCUACUCGUUAACAGCUUGGGCGCUCUACGGACUGGUGAAGUUAAUGUUCUUCUAAUUUCUAUGGAAUUUCUUAAAGCAUCUAUGUGUAUAUCGAGGUUAACUUUUCUCUUCUUAUAUCGUCUUUGUAACAAUUCAAUUUCGGAUUAGCUUAGUUCUAGUUUGUAGUGCAUCUCGACACAUUGAUUACGUUUAGUCCUAUGGUUAAAGCGCUCUAUCCGAUAUUCUGUUUAGUCUUAGCUUGUAAAAGUACAACUACUACUAAAGUUGAUCGAUCAUGUAACACAUACUGUGUAUAUAUUUAUGUACGAACCUAAUCGAAUUGCAAUAAAAAUCGCUUUAUAUUUUUU